CUCGCGAGGCACCGCGGAAAUGGCUGUUGCGGAGGCCGUGUUCCCGCCCGCCAACCUCACCUCCAGCAACCAGAGCAGCUGCAACGUGCACAACCACCACUUCUCCGCCAAAGUCACCUUCUCCCUCUUCUACACCGCCCUGCUGGUGUUCGGCGCCUGCGGGAACAUCCUGGCCCUCUGCAUCACCUUCCAGCGCAGGAAGAAGAAACUCAACUCCACCGACCUCUACCUGGUGAACCUGGCCCUCUCCGAUGCCCUCUUCACCCUGGCAUUGCCAGGCAGGAUCGCCUACUACAUCCUGGAGUUUAACUGGCCCUUCGGGGACUGGUUCUGCCGGGCCACAGCCUUCAUUUUCUACAUGAACACCUACGUGGGCAUCUACUUCAUGACCUGUGUCAGCGUGGACCGCUACAUCGCCGUGGUGCGCACCAGGCACCCCAGCAGGAUCCGGAAAAUGAGCCGCGCCAGGGGCAUCUGCGUCCUCAUCUGGUCCUUGGUGUUCCUGCAGACAGCGCCGCUGCUUCUGUGGCCCAUGACGCGGAGGAUGGGGGACAAGCUGACGUGCAUGGAGUACUUCAACUUCGAGGACAUUCCCAAGAUGCCUUACUUGCUCCUGGGGGCCUGCGUUCUCGGCUUCUUCCUGCCCGUGGGCAUCAUCUUGGUGUGCUACGUGAGGAUCAACCUCAAGCUCUGCCAGACGGCCAAGGAGAAUCCGCUGACGGUGAAGAACGGGCACCACCGCCGGGCCUUCACCGUCAUACUGGUGGUGCUGCUGGCCGUCCUGCUCUGCUUCAGUCCCUACCACCUCAACAUCGUCCAGUUCAUGGUCAGGAAGAUCCUCUACCAGCCGUCCUGCCGCGAGCAGCAAGCCUUCAAGAUGUCCCUGCAAGUCACCGUGGCGUUCAUGAACCUCAACUGCUGCAUCGACCCCAUCAUCUACUUCUUCGCCUUUCGGGGCUACAAACGGAGGCUGCUCCGCAUCUUCAGGAACAGCGGCUCGAUGGCCACCUCCUCCACUGCCAAGACCCCCUCUGACAGCAACAGCAACAGCCAGCCGCCCGGCUCCGUCUCUGUCUAGCGGCACAACCCCCCUCCCUUUUGCCCUGGCCUGGAGUUUACGGACCAUCCCCGACGGCAGGAGCCAGGGCCGGGCUGCGGAGCCGGACCAGCACCUCAGCAGCCUUCCUCGCCCCCCUGCCUGGCGCCGGGGGCUCUCGUGGAGCCAACCCGGCCGGGACACAGCCCUGCCUGCCUCCGCGCGCCCGGCCCCGCGCUCAGCGCUGCCGGCCCCGCCACCCCGGAGCACGGAGAGGCAAGUUUUCAUCCCAACCCCAGAGGAGGGCAGCUCGUGUAACCGCCCUGGCUGGAAAACACAGCCGGGGGUUUCCCAGCACUGCACCGCGCCGCCCUCCCACGCCUGUCCCGCAUCCCCCGUGGGGCUGCUGGUAACCACCACGGCUGUCCCUGCCUCUCUGCCCCCUUCCCCUGCGCUGCCCCCGGGGCGCUGGGGUGGCAUCCCCCCAGGACUCGGGACAGCCGGCCUGGAGCACGGGGACUCAGGGCAGUUCAGGAAAAAGCUGGGAUGUUCCUUCCAUGCCAAAAGUCUUCCCCGCACCGACAA